AUGGCAGCUCCUUUGGACCGCACAACCCCCACGACGACAGCCUACGUGGUUGCCACCGCCAUUGUCGCCGGCGUUACAGGAUACUUCCUCGGCCAGGGCGCCUCGCUCGGCCUGUUCAGAGAAAAACAGGGCUGGCCUAACGGGUACGACGUCAAGGUCCACAAGGAUUCCUCGGACGAGGAGCUUGAGGGUCAGGACUCUGAAGAGGAGGAGGGCGACGACGACGAGGACGAAGGGACCGGAGAGGAAUUGGCCUCGUUCAAGGACAAUGAGGAGGAAGUGAAACUGGUGCUGGUUGUACGGACAGAUCUCGGGAUGACGAAGGGUAAAAUCGCCGCGCAAGCUUCACACGCGACCCUCGCAUGCUACAAAUAUUUCAUUACCCACAAGCCGGACUCGCCGAUCUUGCGCCGCUGGGAACAAGGCGGACAGGCCAAGAUUGCUCUCCAGAUCAAGUCAGAGGAUGAUCUGCUGCUCCUGCAGGCUCAGGCCAUGAGUCUUGGACUUUGCGCGCGCGUUAUUCAGGACGCGGGCCGGACACAAAUUGCUAGUGGCAGCCGUACUGUCCUCGGUGUCUUGGGCCCUAAGAGUGUGGUUGAUGGAGUAACGGGUCAUUUGAAACUGUUGUAG